AUGAAUUCCCGAAUUUUCUCAAGAUGUACUCCUGCUGUCCGCACUAUCACACAACGUCGCGGGAUCUCAGCAUACCAACGUGCGAGAGAUGCAAUCAAGCAUUUCGAGCCUCAUCCAUUUGAACGAUACCCGGUCUCUCAGCAAUCUGCACCUGCAGAUUGGGGUAAACAGUUCAGAAAGAUUGGUGGGAAUGCCAUGAUAUACUUUCCCGGCUUUGCAAUUGUUCUUGGGUGGCCAUUACUGGGAGAGAAAUUACUGGAUGGAAAGCUAUGA